CAGAAGGGGGUGCAGGACAUGGAGCCCCCCAACAGCAGCAUGGCCGGGCAGGCAGACUCGUGCUUCGGGGUGUUCAAUGCCAGCGAUGGUCGUGCCAGUGCACAGAACAGCAUCGCCUCUCCCUGGUUCUCCACUGCCUUUGGCCUCAUCGGCCUCUGCUCCAACCUCUUUGCCCUCUGUGUCCUGGUCAGCUCCUCCCGCAAGCUCUCCAGCCAGGCCCGCUCCUCCUUCCUCAUCUUCCUCUGUGGGCUGGUGGUCACAGACUUCAUGGGGCUGCUGGUGACAGCCUCAGUCAUCAUCCCCUACCACUUCACCAAGUUCUCCUGGGCCAAAGUGGACCCUAACUGCCACCUCUGCAACUUCCUCGGCUUCUCCAUGGUCUUCUUUGGGCAGUGCCCGCUGCUGCUGGGGGCCACCAUGGCCGGGGAGAGGUUCUUGGGCAUCAACCGCCCCUUCUCGCGCUCCACCAGCCUCUCCAAGCGCCGCGCCUGGGCCAUCGUGGGGCUGGUGUGGGGCUUCUCCUGCUUGCUGGGACUGCUGCCGGUGUUCGGGCUGGGGCGGUACACGCUGCAGUUCCCCGGCUCCUGGUGCUUCCUCACCCUCCUGCCUGACACUGGCGACAUCGUCUUCUGCCUGCUCUUUGCACUGCUGGGCAUCCUCUCCGUGCUGCUCUCUUUCGUCCUCAACACCAUCAGUGUGGUCACGCUGUGUCGCGUCUACCACGACCGCGAGUCGGUGCAGCGGCGCCGUGACAGCGAGGUGGAGAUGAUGGUGCAGCUCGUGGGCAUCAUGAUUAUAGCCACCAUCUGCUGGAUGCCCCUCCUGAUCUUCAUUGUCCAGACAGUCCUGCAGCAGCUGCCUGGCAAUGCACGGGUGCUGCCCAGGGACACGCAGGAGAUGCUGCUGAUCUACAUCCGCAUGGUCACCUGGAACCAGAUCCUGGACCCCUGGGUGUACAUCCUGUUCCGCCGGGCCGUGCUGCAGCGUGUGUACCCCCGGCUGCACCCCCGGCCCUCCAUCGUCUCCCUCAGCCCCUCCCUGCCCCGCAAGCUCACCUCUGGCUCUGUCCUGCAGUAGCAGCACUGGGGGUGGGUACUGGGCAGGGGGACACAGCCACCCCCCGUCCCACUCCCGCAGUG